GUAGACUGCAUGUCACGUGACUGCACCAUGCUGGUGAUUUGUUUUUAGCCUUUAGCGAAACGCUGCCUUGAGUCACCGGGAUCAGUUAUCUCAGUCAGAGGUUGACAUUCAGUUACAGUCGCGUGAUAUGGUGCGUUAUUCUCUGAAGAGGCACGCGUUGUAGCCAGUCAGCUUCCGACAGACACACGUUUAGUAGCGUCCGCGGGCUGAGAUGUCAGGCUUCAGCUCCGAGCUCAUAGACUACCUGGAGGGGAGGAUCACCUUCGAGGAGUUCGACCAGCGGAGGGAUGAGCGCAAAGCCACGGAGUCCGAGGUACCAGCUGACGGUGUGCAGGAGGAUGCUAAGCCCUCCACAUCUGCCCCGAUCCCGAGUAACGUUGGUAAAUACGAGGAGGGAGUCAGCCCGGGAGUCCAGCAGGUCUUUGCCUCCAUGCUGGCAGACAGGCCGGAGCCGCCAUCUUCAGACGAGCCGGAGGAGGACAGCCUAAGCUAUGCUGAUGAUGAUGAAGAUGAUGAGGACUACAAGGUCGAGGAAGAGGAAAAAGCGAAGAUGGAGAAGGUGUUGGCGAAGAAGAGGCUGAAGCUGCGGGGAAAAAGACGGAGGGGCCAGAAAAAGAAAGCGCUGGAGGAAGAGAGCGAGGAUUGUGCAGCAGAGGACCCAACGGUGGGGGACGUGUUUGCCCUGGAGAUGGAGCUGAGCCGAGAGAACGAUAAAAUGAUGAGGGAACGGCGUCAUCGAAGCAAGCUCCCCCGAGCUCUGAGAGGCUUGAUGGGCGAGGCCAACAUUCGCUACGCCAGAGGAGAGAAGGAGGACGCCAUCCUGAUGUGUAUGGAGAUCGUAAGACAGGCUCCUUUGGCCCAUGAGCCUUUCUCCACAUUGGCCAUGAUCUAUGAGGAUGACCUAGACAUGGACAAGGCGCUGCAGUUUGGUCUGAUCGCAGCCCACCUGAACUCCGCCGCCUGUGAGGAGUGGAUCAGACUGGCAGAAAUGUCUCUGGAGCAGGACAACAUCAGACAGGCCAUUGUCUGCUACUCAAAAGCCAUCAAGUCCGACCCCACCAACGUGCGCUACUUGUGGGAGCGCGCCAGCCUGCACAUGCGCCUGGGGGAGCACAAGCAGUGCAUGGACGGCUACCGCAGGAUCCUGUCGCUGCUGCCGAUGGAGGACGGAGAGCACUUCAUGCAGCUCUCCAAGGACAUGGCCAAGAGUUACUACGAGAGUAACGACUUGCCCUCGGCCCUCGGUGUCAUCGAGGAAGCUCUGGAGCGACACCCCAGCCUGGUCAGCGACGACUUGAUCAACAUGGCAGCCGAGCUCUACGUGGCCAACCGGCAGUACAACAAGGCGCUGCAGGUCUUGGUCCAGUUUGCAGGUAUAGUUUUGGAAUGCAAUGAAUCCACAUCAGGGUGCGACAGAAAACAACAACAACAACAAGAAAAAGAAGAAGAAGAGGAGAAAGCCGGAGAGGAGACCAAUGAGACCAAUGAAGAAGACGCAAAGACUGAGGCAGAAAUUGCUCUUAAAGACAACUGUGAAAUUAAAGAUGUCCUUGUACCAGACAGCACCCCGGUGGACCUUAGGGCCAAGCUGACUGUCUGCCUCAUACACCUGCAUGUCAACACACCCUUGGAGGGGCUGGUGUCAUCGCUGAUGGAGCAGAGUCCGGAUGAGAUCGGUGACUUGUACCUGGAUGUGGGCGAGGCCUUCCUGGACGAGGGCGAGUACAUGAGCGCUCUGCCUCUGCUGUCGGCCCUCGUCAUAUCCGAGCAGUACAACCUGGCUGUCGUCUGGCUGCGACACGCAGAGUGUCUGAAGGCGCUAGGCCACAUGGAGGCGGCAGCGCAGAGCUACACCAAAGUGGUGGACAUGGCUCCGCAGCACCUGGAGGCGCGCCUCUCCCUGGCCACCCUGCAGCAGCAGCUGGGCCGGCCCGAGCGCGCCCUCAAGGCCCUGGAGUCCAUGUACGACAGCGAGACGCUGGCCCAGGACUCAUCGGCUGCACAGAAGGAAUUGAAGCUGCUUCUGCAUCGUUCCACACUGCUAAAGACUCAGGGAGAAACACAGGACUACCUGGACGCUAUGAUCACAAUGAUCUCCAUGCUACUCAAGGUGGCCAUGCAGCGCGCCAUGGUGUGCGUGCGCUCUGUGACCGUGUCAGGCAAAAGUCACCUGAGGCUGGUGAAGGCCACCCUGCCAGAGAUCGCUGACCACGAGGCGGCCUACCUGGACAAUACCGGCAAGACCAACGUCCUGUCCAAGGAGGACUGGUGGCAGCUGCUGGUGAGCUGCGUGCUGACGCUGUGCGACGUGCGGCGCUACGAGGAGGCCGAGCUGCUGGUGGAGUCCGCCAUGGAGUUCUACUCGUUCUACGACAACAAGCCCCGGAGGAAGGAGAUGGAGUGCUUUGGCCUGUCCGCCACCAUCCUCGACCUCAACCACUACAAGGCCUACAACUACAUCAGAUUGAUGCUGAUGGAAUCUGUGGAUCGGCCUCAGCUUUGGAAUAUUUUCAACCAGCUGACCAUAACCUCCCAUCACCAGCGUCACCAUCGCUUCUGUCUACGUAUGUUGUUAAAAAAUCCCACCAACCUCGCCUUGGGCUUCCUGUGCGGUCACAACGCACUGGUGUCGGGGAGCUUCAAACACGCACUGGGCCAGUACAUCCAGGUCUUCCAGAACCAGCCCACAGUCCCACUUCACAGCCUGUGUGUGGGUCUCACCUUUAUCCACAUGGCCUCUCAGAAGUAUGUCGACAAACGGCAUACGCUGGUGAUGCAGGGCUUCUCCUUUCUGUGGCGGUACGUGGACCUCCGCGGAGUGUGUCAGGAGACCAUGUACAACCUGGGCAGAGCGCUGCACCAGAUAGGCCUCACGCACUUGGCCAUACAUUACUACAAGGCGGCUCUCGACCUGCCGGCUCAGAAACUAGAGGGUCUCCCUGAUGAUCAUGGGGAUCUGAGGAGGGAGAUUGCCUUCAACCUCUCUCUCAUCUACCAGGCCAGCGGGAACAUGGGGAUGGCCCACCAGCUCAUAAACACACACUGCAUUAUUUGAUUUAUAAAAAAUAUAUAUUUUUACAUUGUGAGUACAUUCAAAACUGGAUGAAAUUGGUGCCUUCAAAAAAAGGGCAGGACAUUUUAUUUAUUUAUGAAUAAAACAAAACGUAACUAUUUUUAGAUUGAUAAAAGCCAAAUAAAAUUGGAUAUUAAUUCAAAAACAAAUGAAAUGAUGAAAGUGAAUCAAUUUUUUACUGAUUUUUCUUUGUUGAUGUAUGUUUUAGAUGGUACUAAUUUCACUGUUGGACAAAAAGUCAAAGGAUCCUUUCAGCCGUAUUGAGAGCUGGCUGGUUUUUAUACAUUAGUUCAGCAGUCCUUUGCUAGUGGAUGUAACAUGUUCUAAUGUUUGAUUCAAUUGAUUGUACAUGUAUGCACAGCCCUACUUUGCAAAAAUCGACUUUUUUUUUAAACCAUUAAUGUCGUUAUAACUAAUUUUGUGAAGAUGAACUAUUUAUGUAAAUAAAUUGUUAAUUGAUUUUUA